AUUUGAUAAUGGUGCAGUAAACGUGGGUUUACGUGCAUCGGCUGUGCAAUACAUAGUUGUUCUUCUCAAAGGACAUUAGUAUAUAAUCAAGAAAAUUUUAUACAAUUUGUCUUUUCUGCGCCAACUCUGGCUAUAAAUAUGAAGGUGCCAUGUUCUGUAAUGAACACCUACCUGUGAAUCUCUCUCUCUCUCUCUCUCAUUGCAUUUUUUCUUGAGUCAAAUUCUUAAAGCUGAUUUGGAAGAUGAAAGAGAACAGGGGAAAUCCUUUACAAUUGAAAUCUCUGAACCAUAUCUCUGUAGUCUGUAGAUCAGUUUCAGAAUCCCUUGACUUCUACCAGAAUGUUCUUGGUUUCUUUCCUAUCCGACGGCCUGGAUCAUUCAAUUUUGACGGAGCUUGGUUGUUCAAUUACAGUAUUGGCAUUCAUCUGUUGCAAUCUGAAGACCCCGGGAGGAUGCCCAAGACCAGCCCUAUAAAUCCCAAAGACAAUCACAUCUCCUUCCAAUGCGAAAGCAUGUCGGCUGUUGAGAAAAAACUGACAGAAAUGAAGAUAGAGUACGUGAAGGCAAGGGUUGAAGAAGGUGGAGUUUACGUAGAUCAACUCUUUUUCCAUGAUCCAGACGGUCUAAUGAUUGAAAUCUGUAACUGCGACAACAUACCAGUCGUACCCCUAGCUGGAGAAUCCCUCCGUAUGUGCUCUCUUGUUAGCUGUAGUGUGCAACAGAAGCAGCUACUUGAUACUAUCUCAGCACUUCAUAUUGAAGAUGACCAUUUCUUGCCUUAAAUCCUAGUCGGAUCAUUAUUGGCGAUUAAGCAAUCAACAUCAGUAUCAUUAUUGUAUUAAUUUUGUUAAUCUGUAUCUGUGAGCUGUGACAUUACGUAGAGUUUUUACGUGAAAGAGAGAGGACAAGUUGGCAAAUUUGAUUUACCAAUUUGUGAGAUCAUGUGCUUUAUUUUAGUAUUAUUUUGUUUUUGUUGUUGUUCGAUCAUGCUUAGUUAUUAUAUAUCAAUGAUAUUACGUUUCUGUAA